CCGCGGAGCUAAGGCGACAGGCGGCUGCUGGGGGCCGACAUGGACAAGCUGAAGAAGGUGCUGAGCGGCCAGGACACCGAGGACCGCAGCGGUCUGUCCGAGGUUGUGGAGGCAUCAACGCUGAGCUGGGGCACCCGAAUAAAAGGCUUCAUCGCAUGUUUUGCUAUAGGAAUCCUCUGCUCACUGCUGGGUACUUUUCUGCUGUGGGUGCCCAGGAAAGGACUGAGCCUCUUUGCAGUGUUUUACACCUUGGGUAACAUGGCAUCAAUUGGGAGUACCGUCUUCCUCAUGGGGCCAUUGAAGCAGCUGAAGCGCAUGUUUGAGCCUACGCGUCUGAUUGCCACAAUCCUGGUGCUGUUGUGUUUUGCACUUACCCUGUGUUCUGCCUUUUGGUGGCAUAAAAAGGCACUAGCGCUCAUCUUCUGCAUUUUGCAGUCUUUGGCCUUGACAUGGUAUAGCCUUUCCUUCAUACCAUAUGCAAGGGAUGCUGUGAAGAAGUGCUUUGCUGUGUGUCUUACAUAAUGUCUGCAGAGAGCGCCGCGGACGGAAGCUGGUGGACCGUCUUGUAAAUGCCCUCUGGACUCUGUCUCACAGACACGUGCCUUUCACUUGCAGCAACGUGUUGUUUGCAAUUUGGACAUUUUUGAGGGUUGCCCAUGGGAGCAGUCAUGAACCCUAAACCCCAGUGUCUGUAGCACAAUGUGAGGUUCUGUGGCUAGUGUAGGGACUCUUCCUCAUGACCGUUUCCUCUGGAUGGCCUCCCACCGAGUUCUCGCAGAGGAGACUUGGUUUACUAGCAGCAGAUGAGCUGCAGGAACCACUGAUCCCCAGGUGGUGGCAGGAAGGCCUAGCAGAUUAUAGGGUUCAGCAGGAAGGGCAGAAUUUUGAAGAUUUGCCCCUCACCAAGGAAACCAUUGUCACUGCCUCACACAGUAUCAUCCCUGGUGUUUCUGCCCUUCCUACAACCCUGGAGAGCCUGCCCUGGGCACACUGCCCUUCCUGUGGACUGCACCGUCUUGUUCAAUCACAACUGGUUAUGGAAUGUCUUUUCUAGUGUUGAGUGUGGGUUCUUUCUCUUGCCCUCUCCCUCCCAUGUCUCUUGUCUUGUGACCUUGGGACACUGCUUGAUUGAAAGUGAAGUAGUGGCCUAAAGAACUAUUUGCUUUUGGACAGGAGCCACUAGAAAGUGAAAAACCUUCAUGUCCCCUGCUCUGUUUAUUUUUCUUCAUUAUUUAUAAAUGUUUACUUUUAUUGAUUGUAUUUUCCGUUCUUCGCUGGAGUUGGGCCAAGGAAAGUGCAUGGGAAGACAGAUCCCUUGUGGGGCCAGCAGGAACUAGGCAUGCCAGCCAAGCGACGGUCAGUGCUCUGGCGUUGCAGUAAGCCUGCGCUGGACACUGGAAAGACACCAGCCCGCAAGUGGUCAUGUCGCAGCCUGAUGCCUACCCCCACACACAGUGUUCUUGUGUUGAUGAUCUUAUCUGGUCCUCAUGGGAGCCAUGUGAGGAAGCAGGAUUGGUGUCUCACUGUACAAAGGACCAAGGCUCAGAUGGGUUCCAUGUCACCUGACCAUAGCUGUGACAGGGUCAAGCCAGAGUCCCAGGCUCCUUCAUGAUGGCAUGGCUCUGGUCGUCUCUCAUAACCCUUUCCUUGUUUUUAUCAUCCUAGCCUGUGCCUUUUCUGGUUUCAGCAUUUAUGUCACCUGUGCCAUGCUCUGCUCUCCCAUCUCACUUUUUGCAAGCUUCCCUCUGCAUCUAUAGGAUGGCCACCAUCCCGUGUCACCUGCAGCUACUCUGUGCUUCCCAGGCAUCGUCCUGGUUUCCUCUGAGAUGGAGAAGAAUGGAUAGAUUUAUUUAGGGCAGAGGGCAGCCCAGCCAUUCCAGAUUCUUUCCAUGCUGUUGAGGUACCUGUGAGAUCUUCAGCCUUUCUUUAGUCAGAAAAGAAAGUUAUAUACUCCCCUCUGGCUUUUUGAGGCACAUUCAUAUCCUAGGAGCUUGGGAAUCCGUUGGGUCUCAGAAGGGCUUAGGUGUCAGAAGGGACAUGGGGAGUUUAGAGGUGCCCGUGGUGCCUAGCUGACAUGAGGCUAGACUUGUUGCUUCAAGCUCCAACCAUCCUGGAGUCAUGCACCUGAAAGGCUGACCCCUCCAUGCCCUUUUAAGUGACUGGACUUGAGUCCAAGUACCUUUUAAAGAUGUCAGAAGGGCUGAAUAGCUUACUGCGUGAAUGUGGGCAGAUCUGGGUGUGAGCUGUGGUCUGGUCACAUGUUGGUUAAGUCCUUUGAAGUUACCUAAUGUGGUUCCUCAAUUUCCCUGUUUCAAAAUAGUGGGCUGACAAGUCGUGCUGGAUUGUGGGAGGAUGCCAGGGACAGAUGACUGUAUCAAGUGCUUGGUAGGGAGCCAAGCAGAGGGUCUGUGCAAUAACCGAUGACCCCUAACGCUGGUGGGAUGAAUGCUGGGACAGCGAUCUACUUAGCAUACUUAAUACUGGUACAUCGCUGAACCAAUGUAUCUGCUGUAUAUUAUCUCAUUGACUGCCAGGCGAGAGAAACUGCCUCCGUCAUCAUAAAGCAGUAGCUGCCUCUGUUGCUCCCACCAGCAGGGCAUCAGUGAGAAGGCUCUCGGUGGGAGAUUGUGUCUUAGAUAAAAGACUUUUGGGCCUGAUUCGACAGCUGGUGGUCAGUUUGCCGCAGCAGCUUGACUCUGGACACAUUUAAGCAGCUUUUGGAUGACCGUCCUCCAGUAUCUUCCAGACUUCCCGAUUUCUUCUUUAGUUGUCUUAUCCUUUGGUUGUUUCCUUUCCUGCCUUUCCUGGACCGUGGAAGGAAGAAAUCCAUUUCAAAUCUGCUAACGUCUUGUACCAGGCCAAUAGCAUUGGUUAGAAGCAACUUAUGGAGGGAGGCUGAAGUGGAGAAUUAGGGCCUCUGGCGCUGACUGGUGGUAGUGUAUGUUUCUUCUUCCCUCCUUCAUACUCCUCAGUCCAUUGCCUGGUGAGGGGGCACCACUGUGUUUGGGGAGUGAUGAAAACCGCUGAGUGACCUUUGUAGAGAGGAAUGUGAUGCUCAGUCAGGCUGGCUUUCCAGGUUUGGGCCACUUCUGGCCCGAGUGCUGUCUUCCCUGGGCUGUGGUCAGUAGAGUGCUGCACUCAGAACCAUUGUGCUUUCUGGGCCAGGAGAGUAGCUUAGGGUCCCCAUGCCCCCUCUGCUCCAGGCUGACUAUUGGGACACUGUGAAGGUGGAUUCCUGCUCACUGAAUUGUCUCUCUCACAGGCUGACAGGCUUCCCUUUUCACAGACCAAGCCCUGAGGAAGCUUUUGUCUCUCCUGCGCCUCUGUCUGGCUGCUGCUCAGACCCCAACUCUGGGCAUCCUGUCUUGGAGAAGGGGAAAUCCCACUCCCCGCUCAGCAUUUUCACCGUGGAGAUCGUCUCAGUGCUAGGUGUCUGUGUUACUCUCAUGGGGACUUUGUGUCUUAAGUACCACCUUCCUUCCACAUAGUCACUGUAGGCCAAGAGAGUAGGAAAUGAAAUCAAGAAAUGCAUUCCAUAUAAAAAUUACUUUUUAAUGUCCUGGUGCAGUAGAUAAUUAGCAGCUGGGCAGUGUCUGAAACAUGGAGGCUGUGCUGGUUUGGGUCUCGUUUUUGCUAUCCCCUUAGGUGACAAGUGUUGCAGUGUACGGGAUGAGACUUGGUAGAAUGAAUUGGGCAACUGAGGUGCACCCUAGGGCUGUGGAGUUCCUCUCUGGUGGGUACCUUACGCCCACCCCUCUGUUUACUCUUCCUCCAGUAACUUCUUGUUAGAGUCACUUACAUACACUUCACAUUCACAACCACGCCUAAAACUUAUUUCCCGCUAAUUAAAGAAAAAGGAAGGUCAGUGUUUAAAAACAGUAUAAAGAUGUUUGCUAGGCCCUGUGGCAGGUUUUGUUUUUAGUUCUUUUUUUUCUAAGUUUAGUAUGUGCACAGAUAACAUCCACUUAAAAGUGAAGGAGCCGUAGCUGAAAUUCAGUGCAGGCACACGUCUGUGUAGCUCUUUGUAUCUGGAAGGCCAAUCGCUUAGGAAAAGGGUGCUGAGGAGGUGAUCUUGAAGUACCUACCAAUUCAUAAUUUUAUGAUAUUUUGAGAUCUUGCGUGUUUUUAGGCAGGGACGUGCAGUGGAGUUUGUUUGAUCUCAGUUCAGGGUGGGGUUUAUAGUUCCAUCUUGAGCAUUCCCAGCCCUGCUGUGACGAAUGGGUGGCACUUGAAGUAGCUACUGCUUAAGCUGUGCCAUCGGCGUGCCAGGCUUCUGUUGCAGUGUGGCAGAUGGUAAGUGGCAGAGCCUUAGUAACGUAAGCUGACGACAUAAAAUGACAUCCAUCCUAGCAGGAGCUGGUAACUGACUGCUAGGCUUGGCCAUGUACAAAGUGAGUUUCUGCAGGUUGGCUGAUCUGAAACUAAAGAAAAAUAGGUCCAGUAGAUAGAGAUUCUGUUAAAGAUGAGAGAGGUCAACCCAUGGCAUCCUAGCUAACACUAAUGUAUGCUGUGUACUCAGAUAAUGCUGUCACAUGUUGUAGAGUGCUUGCUUAGAACGCAUGGAGUCUUGGGCUCAAUCUCUGGAAGUGCAUGCACUGGCCCUGGUGCUGGAGGACCUGGAGUGCCUUAGACCCUGUGUUAAAAAAUUAGGAGAAAAAUCAAAUGAAGUCUCAAGUUUGGGCUCUUGCACAUGGCUCUUGUCUUUUAAAUGUCCAGUGUUUUUUCUUUGUCUUUUUCUAUUGUGUUUGCUUAACUUGAAUAAGGAAAGGGGAAAAAAUAGCCCCCUGAGCCCUGCCUGUCCUUUUCAGUUUUAUGGUGGAGUCGAUAGUGAGGGCAUGCAGAAGCCUACGAUGGAGGCACUCUUAUCCUUGUGGCUUUGGCCCCCUGGGCGCACUGCACAGCAGUGAAACCAAAUCCAGAAUGUGCAUGGUGAAUUUGUAUGCCUUCAGAACAUUGUACCUGUUCUGAUACAGGGAACUUUAAAACACUUUGUUAAAACAAAUGAAACCAUUUUUAUAAUGGUGUAGUUGAUUUAGAAUGUUACUGAUUGCAUACCUGAAUUUUUAUAUUCAAAAAUACAUUUUUGAGCACUGCCUUAUCUAUCUUAAGGAUCUGUUUCAUAUAAUAUUUUCUUUUUGCUAACUUAUUUCAAAGAGAAAGAGUGUUGCUAGAGGGCUAUCUCUCCCUUUCACAGUUUUUUUUCCCUGUUUCUUUUCGCCAAUAAAUG